AUCUCACAGCACGACAGGGAGCGUUUCUCAAGGAGCUCUCUAGUUCUGUCUGCUGGUUUUAUUCGUAAGUGAUAGGAAGUCGAAAUAAUUUACACGAAUCGGUUUAAUUUAUUUUGUUAAAGAAAGCAAUAUAUCUUGUCAAGGUGUAAUAUAUAUUUUAAUACCUUUUUAUCUUGUUUAUUUAUUGUUCAUUCUUAGAUUUGCAUUUGUUUUUUAUGUAUAUCAUUGUGACACUAACAAUAAAAAACGGGAAUCGGAUCUUUUGAUCAGUUAAGCGAUUCUUAAACGUCAUGACGUACGUCAAGUUUAGUUUACACUGUAUUUUUUUUUAGGGUGUGUGUGACUUGACUUUAUAACAUUCAGUUCAUGGAACAGCCUUUGACUCAUUUACAGUAAUGUUUAUGAAUGUGAACCGCCCCUUUUAAAUAAAAUAAUAAAAUAAAUAUAAUAAUAUUAAUUAAUAAAAAAAAAAAAAAAACUAAUCAAUCAAACUCUAUCAUGAGCUAAUCCUGCAUAUAGCACUGACCCGACCGCAAACACGUGCAACAGCGCCAUCUAUUGGUCGAUCUGAAGAGUUGCAGAAGCGUCACUGUGAGUCACUGGUUGCUAAGAGCAACGCUCUUCAAACUCACACAAUUAAUCCGACAACUCAAUCUUUUGAGGGGAACCUAAACGGUGUUUUUUGAAAGGAAAUUAGUUACCUUAGUUUUACCGUACUCAUAUCGUCUGUAUCAUAGAAAAACAGAUGGCGAACCAUCUGUUCGUGCUGCGUUGACUUUACUUCAGAAAUAUGACCGCAAAGAACUGCAAGAAGUGCUCAGCCUGACCUCCUGUGACUGACUGCAAAUAUGAAUAUGCUUAUAAUGUGUCCCAGCUGGAAGUGCGGGAACAGGGUGCAACAGCUCUGUGGGCCCUGGCAGGACAAACUCUGAAGCAACAGAAACUCAUGGCAGAACAGAUGGGCUACCCGGUCAUCCUUGACCUUCUUCAGUCCUCUUCAGACAAAAUGCAAUAUGCGGGGGGCCGAUCUAGCCAAGAUAGUUGUGCCCAUCAGGAUGGCUUUUGCAGGGAGAAUGGGGUUCCGCCUUUGGUGCAUUUGCUUCGAGGGUCUCAAACAGCGCUGAAAACCCUGCUCAGUGUCAUCAAAGCCCUGGGUUGUUUGUGCAUUGGAGUGGCACUUACUACUUGCAGAGAAAAGGUCAUAUUAGAGCUUUUAAAAUCCCAUGAAUCUCUGGAGGUCAAGGCAAGUAUUCGUUUCAAAAAUUAAAUGAGAUUAAAAUAGGAAGUAACUUUAUAGUAUUUUUAAAUCACAUUAGGUGCAAGUGGCUCAGACUCUCGCCUGUGUGCUGAUGGGGAACCAAAAACUCCAGAGUUUUUAUGUAUUUAUCAAAUAAAUGCAAUCUUGGUGAGCACAAGAAACUUCUUUCAAAACCAUUAACAAAUUGUAUCAACUCUACAGUCGUGGCCAAAA